AGAGCACUGGUCGGGGGCGACUGGAGCCUUCACAGCCCGUUGUUCCGGGCCAUGAUACGUGCGUCGGCGCUAGAAGGAGAAAUCUACGUUGUCAAAGACCCGGAAAGUAAGGUAAUCGUGUCCAGUGGCUUCUGGUUCCCUCCCAGAAGGGAGUUAUUUGGAACUGAGGACCAGAGAGCCUUGGGGUUCAACGAUUUCUUCAGCAAGUUGUCACCUGAAAGCCAGUAUUGGUGGCAGAACACCUACCCUCAAACCAUGGACAAGUUCAAUGCUGACACGUGGAAUAAAGAGGCACACAAGCGCUGGUGGUGUUUCCACCUCGCUACGGAUCCUAAGCAUCAGAACCGUGGCUAUGGGACAGCGAUAGUCAAUUUCGUCUUCGAGAAGGCAAGUCAUCACUACCUCCAAGGAUACAUGCCAGGUGAACAUACUGUUUGUCAGGCCAAGACCGCAAAUCAGAUAAUUGGUCUGGCUGCAGCGCUUGAUGUAAAUGUCCGGAAGUACCUUGCGAUGGGAUUGAGUGAAAGAGGCCAGACGUAUUUGGAUGCGCCUACAGGUGGCUUCACCGUACACGUUUUAUCUCGAGGAUAA